AUGACAGAUGUUCCUGGGACAUUUAGUGGGGCUGAGUGUAAUGGGGAUAGUCUUCCUGAAACUGUUCAGCAACCUACCACUAAAAUCAAUGAGGAUGCAACUGAUAUGGACCGGACCCUACCAGACUACAGGGUUGAACCAGGUCCUGAAGAUGUGCCCACAAAAGGAAAUCAGGAAGAAAGAGGAAAAUCACAAGGGAACAUUCUACUCAACUGUUCCAUGGAUGAGAAGAUUCUAAAAGAAAACCCAGAAGAUCACCUCUUUAUUGUUCAUAAGGCUAUCACAGAUCUGUCUCUCCAAGAAACAAGUGCUGAAGAAAUGACAUUCAGAGAAGGGCAUCAGUGGGAGAAGAUUCCUCUGAGCCGCAGUAACCAGGAAAUAAAUAGUCCAAAAGAAAGAAUUGCCAAACAACCUCUAGAAGAGAGAGAAAACGAGGAUAGGAAGAACAAAGCUCACCAGGCAGCACAAAUUGAAUGGUUGGGAUUUCGCAAACCUAGCGAAGUUGACAUGCUGCAUUCUCAACAUGGUGAGCAGGAAGAGGUUUGGAAUGAAGAAGCUCCUGAGGAUAAUGAUGAUGAUUACAAUGAUGAUGAAGAUGAAGUUCGAGUGAUAGAAUUCAAGAAAAAAUAUGAAGAAGGUUCUCAAUUUAAAGAAGAAACCGAUGCAAGUGAGGACUCCCCACUGAGCAGCCCCAGCUCCCAACCUGUGACACCCGAUGAGCAGCCAACAUUAGGAAAGAAGGGAGAUAUCUCCAGAAAUGCUUAUUCAAGAUACAAUACAAUAUCCUAUCGGAAAAUAAGGAAGGGAAACACCAAGCAAAGAAUUGAUGAAUUCGAGUCUAUGAUGCAUUUAUGA